UCAGAGACCAAAAGUUUUGAUAAUGAUAUUAUCAAGAAGAACGUUCCAUCUUUAGUCAUGCCAUAGAGUGACAGAUACUUAUUAUAGGUUAUAGUAUUUUACAGAUUUUAAAAGUUUGCACUAUGUCGAAGCAAGUAUAUGAUAUACCCCCUGAAAGGCAGCAAGUCCUUCGUGAAAAUGCAAGCAGGCGUAUGGAAUUGAGGAACUAUUUCUUGAAAGAAUCAUCGAAUCCUUUCAAGAUAUCUGACAAAAGCCAGGGUCACCUGUUCGAUCCUGCAAUGCAAAGAUAUGGUGCCUUGAAAGUUACCGAAUAUGAAAGGUUCAAGCCCAAUUUGAAAACGUUCAAGUAUCCCUUUUGGAUUUUGAUAGUCCCAUUCACCAUAACCUCUUACAUGAUGUACACUGAUAGGAAAAACAAAGAAGAAAGAUUUCGAAGUGGAUUAGUUUCUUACAAGGAACGCACCUUCAAAUUCAUGUAAAGCUUUUUAUGUUUUUGCUUGAAUGAAUUGUUAGAAAAAAAACUUGUAUUUAGUUCAAAUAAAUAUACUUCUAUCUCGAU